UUCGUAGAACCUCCAUUGGCUGGUCCAACCGCUAUGUAUACCGGAUUACCUUUGGAAUCGGGUCCCACAGCAAAAAUCAAAAAGGAAUCAUUGUGGCCCUCGAAAUACACAAGGCGUCCCAUCAAGGGAACAGGGCUUUACUCAAGAGAGGGCUCGCUGGUGGGUGACGACACUACAGAACAGGAAGAAGCGCUCAACCGCCAGCUCGUGCUGCAUCUAUCCGAAGAUUUGACCAAGGAGAGUCUUGAAAGAACUCCGUUACCUUCAAAGAGACCAUUGGAAGACCGUCCCACAACCCCAGAACCCGAAGACCCCAAGCAGGAUGACGGCAAAGCCAAGCGCAUUAAGAUUAUAUCUCCUCGCAAGUCCAUCACUAAUUUAGCACCGUUGUCGUCCAACGCGGCCAAGGCUCCUCACCACGAUACCGCCCCCAGAAGCAACGAGGAGUUUUGCUCUUCCUGUGGUGGUUCUGGAAUAUUCAUUUGUUGUGAAUCGUGCCCCAGAUCGUUCCAUUUCACCUGUUGUGACCCACCAUUGGAGGACGCCCCAGAGGGUGAAUGGUAUUGCCGCGAGUGUCUUGCUGAAAGAACUCCUCUGUUGACUACAAAAUGGAGCAAUAUUGGGAUCUUCAGCGAGCUCAUGAAUCAACAGGAAGCUAGAAACCCAGUAGAAUUUCAAUUGCCAAAAUUCUUAAGAGAAAAGACCUUUAUUGGCGUGGAGACAAGUGAUUCUGGUGACUACCACGACGAGUCCAUGAAGCCAGACCUUCCACUUAAACCUAAGGAUGGACAAAUUCAAGGAUAUAACAAAGAUGAGUCGCUCGAACUUGAUGCAUUGUAUGACAAGGAUGGAAACCCCCAUCUUUGUCAUAAAUGUGGACUCUCUGGGCUCAACCAUAAAACGUUGACCCAAUGUGAUUAUUGUCCAUUGGUAUGGCACAUUGACUGCUUAUCCGAACCAAUGUUUGGGCCCAAGACAAUCGGAAGCAAGUGGAGAUGUCCCAACCACGUGGAGAAUGUCAUUGACAACUUCAUCACUCAGAAAGCAUUGAAAGAGUUGGAAAACUUGGGUGAACGAUUCAAGUUGAGAAACUUCAAAGACGCCAAAGUGAUUGAACCAGCAUUGAGAGCCCACUUCCUUAAAAUCUCUUCAUUGAGCAACAUCGUGAUUCAAUAUGAUGAUCAGCCAAAUUUAUUAAAGAAUCCAAACCUACAAGAUUAUUUGAAGUAUGAAAAAGAGGAUUUCAACAGGCCCAAAUAUGAAUAUUUUGACAAGAACAAAAGUAUUUACAAAGAAUUCGAGGAUACUCUUGAUGACGAGGAUCGUCACCCGCAGUACGCUGUACCCGAUUUCUUCGAAAACUCUGUGGCCACUAACUUUGGGGUGACUUCUCGCCCAUCCAGCAAAGCAAGCAAGAUCUUAUGUCUCACUUCUAAAGGAGAAUCUGGUCAAUCUUUUGUCUACAGGGUUCCAGAAAAGCUGAUCCAGUUAGAUUUUAUUUCCAAAGCAAAACAAGAAACAGGAAUCAAGCAAGAAGUAUUAAACACGAUUGAAGAGUAUGAUAUGAAGAGUAGAAUCGAGACUAAUGAGGAUGAAAGAAAUUUAGUGGAAGGACUUUCUGAGUUGAAAAAAGAUCGCAUCAAUUUGGAGGAGUUGGUGAGAGUGGCAAUUGAAACCAAAAAGAAGGAGGACAAAGUUGAAAUAAAGAAGGAGGAGUCUGCGGAUAACGAUCGAGUCUAUGAUGAGGAGAUUGAGGAUUUGAGAAAGAUCAAGAAGUUGAUUGGGCUCAAGGGAAAGGACGAGUUGUUGAAAUUUUUAAGCUCAUGA